AUGAAUAUAUUAAAGGGCACAAAAAUAAUCACAACCUGUUUAACGAAUUUUGAAAGAAGGGGAGGAGGGGGGAAAAGUAACUUCUAUGCAUUUCACACGAAACUAAAGAAGAAGAAAAAGAAAGGUGUAACUGAUAGUACCAAUGGGACAAACUUUUUAAAAAAUUUAUGCAAUAAAAACAUUAUCAAUAAUUUGGAUCCCAUAAAUUUAAUUGAAAAUCUGAAACACGUAACUGAGUGUAGUGUCAGCGAAGAUGUCAUUAGGAAUUAUCUGUACAGGGUUAAACUACUGAACGAACAAUGGAGCCUUAACAAAAUAUACUUCAUUUUAAAGACCCUCGUGAAGUAUAACCUUCGCGAUGUUGUCUUGAUGAAUAAGCUGGAAAAGACCGUUAACGAGUUAAAUCCACUAUGCCAAGCGAAUAAGGCACAAAGAGACCCCUUUGAAAAUGUGUACAUUGUGAGGAUAUCCUACAUUCUGCAUGCCUUCUGUCAUUUUGGGUAUGCAAAUUGUGAAGUAGUGAAAACGCUAGUAAACAUUUUGAGCACCAAGUUGGACUACAUCAUUUAUUAUAACAACUAUGUGAGUCCACUGUAUAAGGACUAUGCUCUGAGGGGGGAUACCGCAGCUUCCGCGUCGCCUAUUUCGGGUGACAAAACGAGUAACGACGAAACGGGCAAGGUAAGCACAAUUGUAAUAAACGAUAUGUUCGGCAUGGAUGACGAAGGGAAUCCGCGUGGCAAUCCGUGUUCAAACCCCCACGUGGAAUGGCAAAGACGCGAGGAAGUCUUCGUCAGGAACAUAAACUUCAACGAGAUCUACCUCAUUGUCAACACCAUGAAGGGGUCAAAACACACAAAUAAGGUCUUCCUAAACAAGCUCAAAUUUCUGUUCUAUUUUAACUGCAUAAACUUAGACAGGGGAAGUGAUAGCCACUACAAAUAUGUUACCCUUCUCUUCCAUUUUUUUUAUCAACCGGAUGACGUGCAUCUGUUAAACAUUAUGAAAUUUUUUUUAGCAAAACAUCCAGAUAUGAACAAUGUGCAUGAUCUGGUUUUAACGCUGGUGACGGUUUACUAUGGGGGUCUUGAAAAGAAAGGGAACCUUACCAGUAUCACUAGCAGCAGAAACGUCAUAGGGAAAAGUGCAGUUCACAACGAAGCAGAUCUUAACAGUAUCAAUGGAAAUAACCUGAAAUAUGCGCAAAGCGAUGAUAUAAUUAGCGUUAUAGAAGGUAUUCCUUUUAUCCAUAAUGGGAGGAAGCUAAAAUUGAAGGCAAUUCUUCAGCACGUGGAUCAGCACAGUAGUGUUAGAAGCAAGAACUUUGUCGAUCUUAUAUACGGUAAAGUUUUACACGUGUUGAGCCGUAAAUAUGAGGAGGAAGAGUUCGAAGGGGAAGAAGCUAGUCACCCUAAAUUGUUGCAAAAUGUGCAAGUCACUAUGAAAAGAAGACCAAAUGAAGCUUCCCUCUGCCGAAGUGAUAAAUCGAGUGAACUACAAAGCUUAACCGAGUUGGUCAAAAUUCGCAUCUUCACUUUUGGAGAUGUGGAUUCCUUAUUCUAUUUGUACUUAAAAAAUAAAGUGCACCUUUUUAACAUCGAUGCGGUACUGAACAUAAUGAAGAGCUUUAUUUUUGUGUACCAGAUGCAGAAUGAGUUGAGCAAAAACUACCAUAGGGUACAUCUAAGUGGUAGAUAUACAAAUGUUGUAAGGAACAAUUUAGGCAGUCUAACAUGUCUGGUCAUUCAAAUGGUUACAUCUAUCUCAUUGGACAAACUUUAUUCCUUAUGCAGUUUGAAAGAUCUCAGCAUGCUGCUUUAUUUCUUCUAUCAGAUGGGCAAUAUUUUUGUGAACCAAAUGUUUGAAGAAUUAUACUUAAAAAAAUUACAAAGUUAUGUAGACAGUAUUGUAAUUACCAAGUUGAAGUUACUUCUGGGUGGGGGAAUCUUGGAUGGACACCCCCAAACUGGAGUCAGCGCAGCUAUUUGUGAUAAAAAAACGGAAGAAUGCGAUGUGAAGAAGGGACAGGAUAGCACGCUACAUACAGUACACACAAGUGGAACAUACUCAAGUGAGAAAAAACAUAUGCUGUAUAACCGCCUUAACAUACCAAACAAUGGGAAGAACGAAAGGGAAGGCACUGAUGGGUAUUUCCAAAACGUUCAUUGCCCAAAUGGCGAAUGCGAGGAACACGGCGAUCAAAUGGACACUCACAUUUUACUGCUAAAUAUGUACAGCAAAAGGGGACAAAACAAAAAUGUAAUUCAUAUGUUGUUGGAGAUAUUGAAUAGGUGCAAAGUAGGAAGGAAAAUAUUGCCUUGUUCAAUUUACGUAAAUUUACUAAAUUCGUUUGCCAAACUGAGGUACCGAAAUUUGGAUAUGAUCGGCACAUGUUUAGAAAAAAUUAGUGAACACUCGGGGGAGUUGCAUUUUUUCGAGUACACGAGUUUGCUCAUCUCCCUAUCGAAGCUUAACGUCUUUGCUGUUAAUCUGAGUACGUACGAUGGGGUGUUUUUCCCCCAAGAUGGUCCUCCCCGCAGUUGCACUCAUCAGGAGGAGACAAACCGAAUCUUCCUGAAUGAGUACAACGGUGAGAAUGCAAAACGGAUGGGGGAGGAAAAAAUUGUCCAGAAUUUGAACGAAAUUCUGAAGCAAAUAAACGAAUGUAUCGGCAACUUUGUAGCAGUACCAAAUUACAAAAUGGCCAACGUCAUACCGAAUAUGCUCAGCAGUUACACCAUUUUGGGUUUUGAUAAAAUUGAUUUUAAAAAUGUGAACAAAUUGUUGGAGUGUUUGCACGGCUAUGUGUUUGGUUACUUCGGGGAAGGACGCCUCACCGGUUGUAGAACUCAGCCAAUCGGUGAUGGAAACCGCACCGUUGGCGAUAGCCAGCUGGAUGAGGACCAACCUAAGAGCAAUGAACACUCAUAUUUCCACCAAGACAUUCUCACCUGCAUGAAUAACCCACUCAGAAAAAACCACUACUGGUACUUCAGCGAAAAAAACAACAUCAUUCUAAGGAGAAGGGACACGAAUGAAGCGCUGUACCUUCCAAUUCAGUGCCUGUACCAAGUGUACAUUUUUAAUGUCUACUUCGUGGCGUACCUGCAGCGCCUGCAUAGUUCCUACGGAUGUAACAAAGUGGGUUUAGAGGAAUUACCAAUUGGGGAGGCGCUAAUUGCCCAACCUGGUGGAGGAAACAGUUCACCAGGCCUUCCACACAGUAUAAAUUUAUUUUUAAAAAACAACCCAGGUGAUAGAAAAACCGAAUCACACACCCCCUUAAGCGAACGCAGCAAGCACAUCCUAAAUAACGUCACUUUUUUUGUCAAGUAUAUAAACAAUUUUUAUAAAAAGGAAAAGUACGAAAGGUACAAUCUGUGCACGCAGUUUGUGCACAGGUGUGAAGAUAAGGCAGCCUCAAAUGAGCAGUUAAUUGAUUACGUAAAAAAAUGUCGCAUGCAAAUCAACAGGGAUCUUGCAAAUGUGCAUUCGUCCAGUUUUCACAGAGAAGUCCUGUCCACGCUGCUUUCACUGGGCGUUAAAAAUGUGCAGUGCGAGGUCCCAUUCAUGGACGGAAUAUACACCGUGGAUAUCGUCAUUAACAAUUCGGUAUGCAUAGAAAUUAACGGAAGCAACCAUUACUACUACGACAACAACUUGAAAAGGUCAGGCGAAAAACUCGAUGCCCUAAACCUGAUAAAGUAUUACUUGCUGAGCAAAAAGUAUAAAUUAAUUCUAGUGUCGUACCUGGAUUGGAAUAAUCUAAAAAGUGCUGAGGAGAAGAAGGAAUACUUGGCGAAAAGGAUCCACGCGUAG